AAACCCAAGUUUGUAUUAAAUUACUUCCUACCGUCAGAUAAUUGUUAAGUGUGUAAUAUGCAACUUGAAACAUUCAACGCGAAGUACAGUAAAUACAAUAGAUGGUUCGAGUACUAUUCAUAAUACAAAUUAUGUAGGAGUGUUAAGCAAGCAAAAACAAGAUUGUAUGUAUUUUAGAUAAUUGCAUAACUUCACAAAUGAAGAUAAAUAUGAUACCAUACGGAAGAAAAUGUGUUGUGUUUCUUGUUGUGUGUGUGUGCUUGUUGAUUUUCAUAACGUACGGUGAAAUAGGAAACGGGACACUUAUUGCUCCCUUCAAUAAUUAUAGUUUUAACGAACGCAAGGAGAUACAAACAUCCAGCAGAGAACCGUUAAACAUCAGCCGGAAACCAAACAUAAGAAGUGAGAAAAACAAUACACUUAUACUAACCAGAGAACCACUGAACGACAGUCGGAAUUCAAACACAAAAUUAUGGAGAAAUAAACCACUAAUGUCAAACAGAAAUCCACUGAACGACAGCCGCGAUUGGACCAUUCUUAUGACGGUCAACAAUGGCUACUUAGACUUUUUCAGAAACUGGCUGUGGCAUUUCAAGAAACUCAACCUGUCAACACCGCUGAUUGUUGUUGCACAAGAUGACCUGGUUUAUAAGGAAUUAAUUAACAGUGAUGUAUCCAUUUUGGGCAAUAUAACAGUAGAUAGAAGUGUGUAUGUGUCGAUCAACUCCUCCGUUAAUUUCCAAACCCAACAAUUUAAUAUGCUCGUUGGCAAAAGGCCACAUCAUAUACUUGACAACUUAGAAAGAGGGAUUAAUAUUUUGUACAUCGACACGGACACAGUAUGGCUACAGGACCCAUUUCAGUAUUUUACGGGCGACUACGACCUCUGGGUUCAGCUGGACCAGGGGGUUAGCUAUUGUACGGGGUUUAUGGCGGUGAGGACAGGGGCCAAUACGCUGGAGCUGAUCCGGGCCUGGAGAGAUAGGAUGAUAGACCUCCAAAAUCGAAUGGACGAUCAGAACGGCUUCAACGGCAUGGUCCAUAACCACGAGAGUAAAGUUAGAAUAAAGGGAUUGGAUACGAAGAGAUUUCCAGAUGGAUCCCAGUAUUUUUCAAACUACAAUGAUAAACAGAGAGAAGACGCCGUUGUGGUGCACAACAACUGUAUUAUAGGACAUGCUAGUAAACUGGAAAGAUUCAAACACAUGAAACUGUGGUAUGAAGGCAAACUUAACGGGACUAAAUUGCACGAUUAGUCAUUAAAGCUGCACACUUACAGAUUGAACGUUUUGACAACUAUUUUUUUUUCUGGAACGAGCCAUUUUUUUGCGAAUAUCCAUGGAAACCAGUCAUAAAGCUGCUGACAAAAAAUUAGAUCGCAGAAUUUUAUAUCUAAGUUCAAAAAUUGAUGUUUUAUGCAUUUUUUCGAACGGAUUUUUUGUCAGCAAUCUUAUAUCAUUGGUUUGCAGAUAUUUACGCAAAAUUUUGCUCUUUCCAAGACAAAAAAUAACUUUUAUGAUGAACAGAGAGAAGACGCCGUUGUGGUGCACAACAACUGUAUUAUAGGACAUGCUAGUAAACUGGAAAGAUUCAAACACAGGAAAUUGUGGUAUGAAGACAAAGUAAACGGGACUUACUUGCACAAUUAAUCAUUUAGCAAACAUGGACUAUUUACACUUAAGUGUAAAGCAUUUAAGAACUGCUGCUGUGUAUAAGUAUCAGGGUAAAAAAAGAUUGAACCUAUUCAACAAUCCUAGUCCCUAUUGAUUUUUUGAAACAACAGAAACAUGGUACGAAAAGGCCUAAAACAGUAUAUAGUAUUUCUCCAAAUGAGUGGUUUAACAAUUUCAAAGCCUACGCUAUCAUGAGAACGCUAUGUUAGUUGAUCCUAAUAAUGUAAAUAAUAGCAAUUUAUUUGAGCCCAGUGCUAGCUCACUUAGCGAUCCAUAUACCUUUAAUGAGGUAGAAUUUUCUAUUUCGUUGCUUGUGCCACUGUUUAUUGAUUGUUCGUUUAACAAACCAGUCGCUCUAAAACGCGAUUUCAGAAAAAAAUAUUUGAAAACUAAAACUUUUUUUUCCUUCGCUCCGAAUUUUACCCGUCGAUCAAAAUAAAACGUCGGUGAAAGAAAGACAACUCCUUCGACAUAAACUUUUCAUUGUUUCUUUAGCCUGUCUUGUUUUAGUCACCCAAUCGUAAGCGCUGAUUUUUGUAUACAAACAUUUGAUUGGACAACAACGCUCG